CCGCGCGAGCGAGUAGUGUUGGAAGAUUUGUGUGUAAUGAAGUAAGAGAUGGAGUCGGAACCGUGGGAAGCACUCGACGUCGACGACUCCGAUCUCUCCGCCUUCCUCCGCCCGUGCAAGUCCAGUUCCUCCACCGUCAUUCCCGGUCCCGCCGGCGCCGUCCAGGCCGUAAUGAGGAACCGGCGCCGCGACGAGCCCCUCCCGACUCAAGAAUUCCUGAGGCGUAUUGACAGCGAAAGUGACCGCGAUUUCAGCACCAAUCCCUGGCUCUGUGCCCUCCAAUACGUUCGCUCGCAGGGCUUGGUGGGCGGUGAUGACGUGGCGCACGGCACGCCGUUGAGCUCAAUCAACAACACUGAGAGAGUGCCUCUGGUCGUGGUCCUUGUUAAAUCCUGCACCCCCAAUGGUUUCGGAGACAUGACGAUUACCGUCAAGGAUCCUACAGGCACUGUUGGUGCCAGUGUCCAUCGCAAAGUCUUGGCACAUGCAGAAUUUGGGAAGGAUGUAACUGUUGGUUCGGUUUUAGUUCUGCAAAAGGUUGCUGUGUUUUCCCCCAAUCGCUCUACCUCUUUUCUCAAUAUAACGUUAAACAACGUUGUCAAGGUCUUUGCCAAGGACAGUGGCCCUCCGUCAGAUCAACUAAUGUAUCCUGCACUCACAACGAUACGCACUACACCUAAUAUAGAAAUACAUGAGACGCCAGGCAGUAGUACAUUCUCUAUGCCACAGGGAAGGACUGAAGGAAUCAUGUCUAGUCUCAGAUUAAGCUCAAGCUUUAAACAAGUGUUGGGUAGUCACAAUGAUAAUGGAAGCGAUCAGAACCGAGAAACUGUUUUGGAAGGAGAGAAUUUAAUAGCGAGUCUGGAUAAUGUUGGACCUGGGGAAGUUAACUGUGGUGGUGAGCUUGAAACUGAAAUGGAAGAUCAACCCAACCCUCCUAAAUUGGAUGAAGGAGAUAGUCUAGCUUGGAUUGCUCAAAGCAAUAGAUCUACAAACUCGGUUCACACAUCUCAAGGUGAAAAAACUGGGAUGGAAAAUCAGUUAGAAAGACAGAAGCACAUGGCAAAUCCAAGAAGUUCAAUACCGAGUUGGACAGAGGAACAGCUGGAUGAGCUUUUAGCGUUUGAUUGAGAUAACAAUUUCUUUUAGUCAAAGCAAAGUAUACAGGACAAGAUGAUGCCGAUGUGUACCUAGUUUUCAUGUAUCUUAGUGGUGUAAUUUUUAGCAUUUUGAAGCUACACGGGUUUAGUAAAUAUUUUAGAUAUAAUCAUAGAUCCUUUCAGAUAGAUGCUCAGGCAGGAUUGGGUUGCUAGCUUUGUUCAACAGAGGGCCUUGGGAAUGCACCCAGUUAUGGUUCCAGAAACUGAUGGGGCCCCAUCACCAAUCAUCCAUCUCAAAUUCUUCAAAACAUCUUCCCAAGAUUUACAAAUACCCCUCCAGAGAUUUGAACAUGGCCUAUUAGGAUUAAUGUGAGGGAGAAUACCGUUCCCACAAUUGUAUUCGGAUUUAAUCAUUUGGACCCAUAGAGCUUCAUUGUUUGAACAUACGCGGGGCUUAAGAGCGUAGACCCAAACCCUCAUGGAAUGACAUACGCGGGGCUUAAGAUUAUGAUUCCAGUCCCCCGUAGACGCCCAACUCUCAUUGACAAACAUGGAGAAAUCUGAAUGGGUUAUACAAGAAGCUAGAAAAAGAAAAUGCCUUCUUUGCGUGGAUGAUGUGUGUUGGAUAUUGAAAUUCAACAACAGCUUCUUGAAAGCAUAUCCUCCAUUCCCAAUAUACAUAUCCCUACUAGAGGCUGACCGACUCAACCAAUUGCAAAGUUAGAAUAUAGAAGUCAGAAUCCACCUAAAUAAUUCAUAAUGUGAUUAUAGUCUAAACAUAUUCCCACCAUUCAUGGUAGAAGUAAGCGCUGUUUGAACUCACAAUAUCGUAUCACUAAAUUUUCCAAUAGGUAUGUACUAACAACCUUUCAAACCUAGGGUCAUAUCACAUGCGUCAUGUCUUCCAAUUUUGAUUCUUUCCUAUAAUAU